AUGCCUCAAAUCAAGUCAAAUCCAACUUGGGAAGGAAUUCCAGCUGAGUUGAGAAGGGAGAUCAUUAGCAAGAUGAAUGUGUUGGAUAGAUCUGUCAUCCGCUAUGUCACCUUCACCGAUGGCUUUUUCGCUGACUCAUUUCCUUACCAUAUCGACACCCUUGAUAUCUUCACAACCGCCACCGAGCUAUACGUCAAUAUCAAGGAGACCAUUCGUCCCGCCUACAGUAUCCCUAAGAGUCACCGCCUUCCAAAUUUCAUGUGCUUGAUGAAAAGUCGAGGGUUGAGAAUUGAGAAACUGAACAUUUCUUGCGAUCGACAUGGAUUUGGGGCUCAACUUCAGACCAUUGUUGAGGCUAUGAAGGGGAGUGGGAUUCUGAAGAACUCGCUGCUGAUCAAUGAGAUCAUUUUCUACUCGGUGGAGAUGACGUGGACUACUGAUAUUCUGGAGAUGCUCGAGUUUUGCCAAGCUGAAGUUCUGACUAAAAUCUCUAUCAAGACAACACUCACGGAUCAGGUACUUGCUGACAUUUGUAACACCGAGCAGUGGAAUAAGGCGGAUGAGAUCACACUGAGCUACCUUCCGAAUUUAACCUGGUGCAACCCAUUUGACAAUUGGGCUGGAUCUUAUCUUCAAAUUAAUACCCCAGUUCCAGUUCAUAUUACGGAUGCUGGAAUUGAAAAGAUCGCUGAAUUGUAUAGAAAGAAAAGUGGGAGAGCAAAGUUUCUGAUUGGAGAUGCAAGAUGGAUUGGAAUAGGCCCCUCUGUCCACUAUGCCAAACGGACUGCCCAAAAAUCUCUUCUUGAGGUGUACAGUGUCAAUGGAUUUGUCUCUGGAUUGGUUUACCCGAUACCUGCUAAAGAUUUCGACUUCAACCAUGACAGAUUCAAUUUGCUCUAUUAA